AUGCCGACCGUUCAGCCUCUUCCCCCUGCCUCCAUCGCAGCGGCGUCGACCAAGUCGACCCAGUCGGCACCACCGGUCGCCUUUCAGCGCCCAGUCCCACGUCCACGCUUUUGGACCACCCCCGUCCCACGACAAACCCAAGCCAUGGGAUAUCAUCGCAAUCUAUCACCAACCGGCGGAAAAGGCCAUCUGUCUGGCCCGCGGUCUUCCACUGGCAUGGUCCAGCUCCCCUCUUCUGCUUCCUACGAUCCCUACGAAGGCCCCAGACGCCACUUGGAUUAUGACGAUUAUUACCCCUCAGAUGUUGGCUAUGGUGCCCACCGCUACCAGCCAAGACACCGCUCAACCGUCGACAUCCAGCCGACCUCCUCCCAGACAUACCGUGACUCUGGCCACUCCAAGAGACGCACAGAGUAUGCUAUUCAGCCUCACAGCUCGAGUCAGAGCCAGCCUCAGACUCGGCACAGUCGCAGUCGCAGCAACACCACUACUUCUGCAACAGACCUGCAUAAUCAACCGCUGCGUAUUGCCGUGCCCUCGGGCUCCCAUCUUCGUCCGGCUACCGCAGGUCGGAUUGCCAGUCCUCUUCUCACGGAAUCCGGCCAUCUCGUCCAAUCGCCUUCUCACCAUGGCGGUCAUCACCGUCGGGUCUAUAGUAACACAGACUAUGCAAGCGAUACUGGUCGCUUAGAAUCCCGCGAGAGUGACAGACAUCGAUCUCACGGCUCGCGGCAGGUCCACCCUCCGCCCGGACAUCGACGAUACCCUCCAUACGAUGGCCUCAAGAAGGGCGAUGACAUUGAUAAAUAUGAUGCAUACUCGUAUACUACCCCGCGAGAGCAAUUCGACCGGGACUACCCCGUCAAACCCCGCCAUCCCGCCACUAGGUCUUCCGUUGACCGGCCUUCCAGUAUGAACGUGAUGGAGGAGCAUCCGCAGUAUAUGCCUCGCAAGGAGCGCCAACAUGGCCCUCCCCCUACCUCCUGGGGGUUUGACAAGAUUGAGCGCGAGGGACGACCCCACAGAGAUUCCUCCCGGACGAGAGAUACCUCUCGGACUCGAGACACAUCUCGAACUAGGGGCAGUGGUCAUGACCGUUCGUUGGUCGUUAGACCUCAUGAUUCAGAUGACGGCUAUGAGUCUUACAAUGAUCCCCAUCGUCGCUCCCAUCAUGGCCGGUCGCACCGCGAUAAAGACCGGCAUUCUCGAGAUGAUCGCUCCCCGCGGCCUCACAACGGCAAUGGUGAUAUGGCAAUGGCAACGGCCGGUCUAGCAACAGCUGGACUGGGAACGGCCGCUUUGGGCGCUGGCUACUCUGACCUGUCGGACUACGAUCACCGAUCGAGAAAUCAGCCUAGACGCUCGCACGACCCGGAGCGUGACUACGAAGCUCCCAAGCAUUCAUCCCGAGACCUUACCACCAGAGGCCUCGAUGUUGCAGCUCCAUCGGAUCCCGAGAGAAAUAAGCAACAAUAUGUAGAGCCGGGCGACCACCACCGCAGUCGGCCCCGCAGGCGCUCGGGACGUCGCUCAGAGAGUGACUCCGAGGGAUACACAGAUGAUGAUGACCUUCGGAAAUACCGUCAUGAACCAUCUGCUACUGCUCGUCGCCGACACAGCAGCACCGAUACGAGCAGCGGCGAUGAGCGAUCCAGGCGUCAGCCUCGAGACCGUUCCCGUUCCCACCACCGGUCUUCUCGGUCACAGCGCAUGCUGGAGGAUCAUCGCUCAAUUGUGUCUUCCCACCCCUCCCCCUCCCAGAGCAGAGACGACGUGAGGAAGCCUAUCACCGUCGAGCCUGCCGCACAAAAGGAGCCAGAAUCUGCACCUAGGGGUAUCCUGAAGGCCCCCCGCCAGAGUUUCCCCGAGGAGCCCAACCCAAUCAGAGAGGGUGUGGCUCCCUUGAAGGAUGCCAACAAGCAGGGUAUUCCGCCUGAUGCGCGGUGGACAAAGAUCGAUCGGAGAUUGGUGAACCCGGAGGCAUUGGACGCAGGAAAUGAGCGGUAUGAAAACCGAUCGGAGUAUGUCAUUGUGUUGCGGGUAUUGUCAAAGGACGAGGUCCAGAUGUAUGCUGUAAAGACUCAGGAGAUCCGAGAUGCCCGUCAUAAGGAACAGAUCGAGGACAAGCGUCGACGAAUGGAGGAGAAGCAACGCCGCGGUCACCGUGGCGCCGAAUCGUCUAGCGACGAUGAGGAUGAAGGAGACGAGCCGUUGAAGAUUGAGGCGCCCCCAGUUGAAGAGCAGAGGCCCGCUCUGCCAACGCGCCCUCAUCCUUCCCAUGCCCAUCCUUCCCAUACCCACCCAUCACAUCCCCAUCCAUCGCAUUCGCAAAUGCACAUCCCCGAGCCCGAGAGAGUGAGAAUGAGCCCUUCCGCUGCGCCGGCGUAG